GAGAGAGUGAAUCGUUUGAGUUAUAGCUAACGGUCACACGCACCACAAAACCCCGUUCCCCAAUUCCCCGAUCGACGCCCCUCUUAUCACAGGAGGGCGGCGGGGCUGCUGUCGGCUACUCGGCUCCACGAGACCACGACUGGAGUUCGGCGAAUCGACAGUAGGUGGAGGCGGGGCUCACGGCCGACGGAGCCUCUCACCAACGCCCAACGCCCAACGCCGGUUCCCUGGGUUGGGCUGGCCACUUGCUCCUCGCCGGCUGGGGCUGAGGUGUGGCCGGCGGCAGCUAGGAACAGCGACCUGCGCCAGUCGAAGCAACAUUGCGUCAGGGAGCGGAAGACAUGCGCGCCGUUGGUGAAUGACAGCUUUGCAUCACCUUCUCUGCCGCUCCCAUUUCUCCCUCGAGGCAAGAAAAAUAAAUCCUAGGGUUUCUGCCUCCAAUCCGCGGCCGAUGCCUGACGCCAAUGAGCUGGAAGCCGCCCGGCGCGUGGCGACCUUCACCUUGGCGGAGCUCUCUAUCUCCUCUUCGACGUUGCCUCCUCGCUCCAACCUCCCGGCGCUCUUUCGCCGCUGCCUCCAGUUGCUGCCUCUUCUCAACGCUGGCGAUCCAAAACUAGCCGCUCGAUGCUGCCGCGGCCUCCUCGCUUCCGUUGGCGCCAUCCUCUCUCGGGACCUCUCGCCCUCCCUCCUCCCUGCAAUCGAGGUCUUCACUGAGAGUGUUGUUUCUAGUGACCAUUUGAGGAGCUGCUUGAUUAUAGCCAACUGUGCUGCACGUGAAGGAUCAAGGAUGUUCGCUGAGGCUGACCCAUACGAGGAUGAGCACAUAAUGCUUGAACUUGUGUGCCGCCACUUCAUUUCAUCAUUACUGGACGAGGGGGCAUUUGAGGUGUUUCUGAGUGCACUUUCUUGGUCGGGGAGGGCAUUGCAGCGGACUCCAGAAAUCAGCUUUCAGGGGGCUUUUGUGCUGGUUCAAAGGACCUACCUCUCUUUGCCGGCUGUUGUACAAGCACAUCUUUUACUGCUCAUGUCAAGAUGCACCAGUGGUCAAAAUCUUAACUCGCAUAUGCUAGCGUUUAGAUAUGCCAUGAAUCUUUAUGUCAGAUAUUUACCGGCAUUGCGUGUUUUCAACAUAACCCGCAGUGCAAUACCCCCACUGAAUUAUUUGGGCAAGAAAAGAUCUUUUAGUUGUAUCAAAGAUAGCACUGAUCAGAAACUCAGAAGUCAGAUCUAUCGUCUGCUUUCGUUUUGUGAAUUGCACUGUGGUGAUGAUCUUCCUGUCAAUGAGAGUGAUAUUGGUUGCAUAAUUGAAAUGAACCAGCAUAUGUUUCUUGAAAAGUUCAGGCAAGAAUGUAUUGUGUUUGUGAAGGGUAUAUUGUCUAGUAUCCUGUGCUGUGCAAAGCAAAAGGAGGUGAGUGAACCUGAUACUGAGGUAUCAGAUGAGAUUAUUUGCCUUGCUGCAGCAACUAGGGUAAUGGGCUCCUCAAUUCUAUACAUCCUGCACAAUAAAAAUUAUGAAGCAAACUGCAAGGAAUACAAUGUUAUAUGUGAAAUUAUCAGUUUGCUUGGGCAAUAUGGAACAGAUGAGCUUCAUAGAUAUGACCUCCUGGCUAUUAUUGGGGAGUCAGUGGAAAGUGAAAGUGCCUCAAUGCUAAUGUUGGCUCAUUUUGCUAGCUUAUCAACUUGUUGUUUAAGAAGAAGGCUUGGCUUUCUGUGGAAAGGUUGUAUUAUCAUGAUGAUGAUCGCCACAAAUCUUAUUGCUGAAGAGCAAAGUUGGGGUACAUUUCAUCUCCCUAUGGAUGUCUCCAAAUAUUCUCCAGUUUUCUGCAAUACCGAAAAGGGGAUUGUAGAGGUUUCUGCUCGAACUAAAGAGAUAAUAUUACGGUAUAAAAGCAUACAUAAAUCUCAUAAUAAAGGCAGGCGCUUUUAUGAUGAUGGAAUCAGGUGCAACAGCAGCGGCUUGGAAGUUGCGGUGCAGAACUCAUGAACAGAGUGCAUGGGAGCUUUCUGUACUCCCCUGGACGGAGGGAUAAGACUGUUGGUUAUUUUUUGAGAGAGAAGUUAAUUUUUUUUACAUAUUUUGUUGGUCUCAUGCUGAUGGACUGGUGGGAGGCAAGAGUAGUAGUGCUGCACGUUGGAUCUCCCAAACCUAUAUCACCUACUAUGUGACCUUUUAUUUUGGGACAAAAUUUGAAUUAUAGAAUUGCAAAUAUUUAGGACAGAGGGAGUAAGUUAAUACCCUAUUAAUAAUAUUAAAAACAAUUGCGCAUGUCUCAUUUCUUCCCCCCUUUGACCAGUAGUUAACGAAUUCCUGGUGACUAUUGGUGGGUGUAUAGCAAUUUUAAUCGAUAAAAGAUGCAACAUUGAUAUUAAGACCAGAAUGCUGGAUAAAUUCCAUUGAAAUGUAUAUUAUAAUUUUUUUUGAAGAAACUGACUAUAGGAAUGUCAAAAGGACAAGUAGAAGAUGGUAGUAUGCAUCAGUUGCUUACCACUAUUAUUUCCAUCUUGUGAUAUGUAGUCAAGACCAAUUUAAAUCCUGCUACCAAAUUUGAUCAGAGUGAGUUCCUAUAGAUCAAAUUGAUGAUGGUGGACUGUUCUAUCGUUCUCAUCCAGACACUUUUUUAACAUGUCAGACUAAUACUAGUUUCAUGCGUCCCUUGACCUCUUGUUCACGUGCCUAUUAGCUUCUAAUAAUUGUUUAGUUUGAAUUAUGUUAUCUCGUUGCAGUUUGGGCGCUCCUGAGGAAUGCAAUUCCAGAGUUGGAAAGCCUGCCGGUCAAAGGUUUUUUGAGUGUCAUCCUGAAUAUUCACGAAAGUCGUGGGCUGAUAUACUGGAUUAUGUUGAAUGUGAAGAAGGAAAAGAUUAUUCAAAUGCCUUGAAGCAACUCCAAAAGUUUAAGAAGUUUAAAUAUAGAAAAUGGUUCGACAAGAGACAAUCUAAACGGCAGUGUAUCAUGGAUACUUUGGGACUCAAGUCAAGGAGCUAGUGUGGUGAGAGCAUCUCAAUCACCAGGUCGGGUUCGAAGCAGCAUCUCCAUUUUUUAGAGAGAAAGGUUUGCCCCGAUUUCUCCUCCUAGGAGUUCUCACUCAGGUGGGACUGUGGGAGCCUCGGGCACUAGAUCAGUCGCCUCUAAAGUCAAGAAGCUAGUGUGGCGAAUCUAGUUUUUUAGAGAGAAACGUCGUCGCGAUUCACCAAGGAAGCAUGCUGUUUGGCUGGAGUGGAUCGAGGCCACUUGCCUUAUGCGUGAAUCUUGAUUCCUGACUUAUGCAUGAAUCUUGAUUUGUGGCUUAAUGUUAGAUUUUAAUUCUAGCAUAUCCUAACUUGUAGUGUGCUAAAAAGCAGCUUUGUUGUUGUCGAAGCGAGGAUAUUAAAAUCUGGUUCCACCGGCGGCUCUUUGUAUCCCCUAGAUGCUUUCCUGAGAGAAAAUGGGUAAAUAUCGGUAUGCUAUUAAACGAGCCUGUUUUCGCUUGUGUUUUGCUAAA